AUGUCACAGACGUCGACGUCAACGUCGACAUGGGAACGAACCAAGGGCUACUCCAAGCGCGGCUUCGACAAAGCAUGGCACCAGCUGGACAGGAUUGGACGGCCAGUCAACCGUCUAUCCAACAGACUUGGCGCAGAGGCCUUUUGGCCGACGACGCUCGACCAGGAGAGCGAGAAGGCCGCGCGCAUUCUCCGCAGCUUCUGCAGAGACGGCUUCUACGGCCAGCUCGACUCGGACAGGGACGGCGGCAGCCAUACCAGCAGCCCGCAGAUGAAGCCGGCAGAGGCUCGCGCAUCGCCCCAGCGCAGCCGGUUCUCAUGGAGAUUCAGCCUGCAACCUCUACAGUCGCCAAAGUCGCCUCAGCAGCAACAGCAUCUACAGCAGCAGCAGCAGCAGCAGCAACAACCCCAACAACAACUGCAGCCUCCUCCGUUGACGCUGCCUCCACAGCAGGGGGAGCAGGGGCCUCGCGGUACCCAGCAGCGGGCGAUUAAGAAGAUACCUGCUUCUGUUAUCAGACAGGCCAAAGGAUUGGCCAUCUUCACUACCAUGCGAACCGGUCUGUGGGUCAGCGGCGCUGGUGGCAGUGGAGUCCUCGUUGCUCGUCUGGCAGAGACGGGAGAAUGGAGUCCGCCAUCAGGAAUCAUGCUACAUACCGCCAGCCUGGGCUUCCUCGUCGGAGUCGACAUCUACGAUUGCGUGGUGGUCAUAAACACCUACGAGGCCCUCGACGCCUUCAAGACGCUCAGAUGCACCCUGGGCGGCUCGCUAAGCGCCGUGGCCGGUCCAGUCGGUGUGGGAGGCGUGCUAGACUCCGAAGUGCACAAGCGACAGGCUCCCAUCUGGUCCUAUCUCAAGAGCAGAGGUCUCUACGCCGGCGUCCAGGUCGACGGAACCAUCGUUAUCGAACGGACAGACGAGAACGAGCGCUUCUACGGCCAGAAAAUCAGCGCUUCAGAGAUCCUCUCGGGCAAGGCCAAGCAUCCUCCUCCAUCUAUCUCUACCUUGAUCCAGACCCUCAAGGCAGCCCAGGGUGACCAGGAUAUAGACGAAGCGCUGCUCCCUCCGCCCGGAGAAGCUCCCGGAGACGCCGAGAUCUCGCUCGCCGGAACCUUUGGAGUGCCAGAGGAAGACGACCCGGAUCCCUACGGCGUCAGGGCCCUCGAGCGCGAGGGUGUCAUCAUCCGCGAAGCUGGCACCAAGCGCACUCCCACGCUCGACGUCUUUGACUUCCGGCCCAGUCCCACCAGCCCCAUCAGUCCAAGAUGGAGCAACAGAAGCAGCUGGCGCUCUAGCACCCAGAGCGCCAUGAGCACCGAUAAGGGCACACAGACCAAUCUCGACGAGCUCGACCGGGGGCGGCGAAGUCCCUCCACGGCCAGCCACACUUCAUCUCGCUCCCACAGCAUCAAGGACGUUUCCUCUUCCAUACACGAACAUACCUCUGACACAGAACAUUCGUCCACAGGCGAACCUGACCCGGCCUCAAUACCCAUCCCUGCAUCAUCAGCUACGUCCCGCGCACAUUCUAUAUCCUCUAAGGUUCCCGAGGCCAUCCCCGAGUCGUCUCUGCCUGAAUCACUCCCUGAAUCACUUCCUGAAACAGAGUUCUCCGUCGCAGUAGCCGAGCAAGCUAUCCCGCAACGAAUCAACUCCAAGAGCUCCCCCUUCGCUCGAGCAAAGCUCGUUACCAUUCCGAAACGAAACCCCCCUGCUCUGCCCGCCCGGAACCCAGGCCGAACACUCUCCACCGUCGCCACGCUCUCUGAAGCCAGAGACUCGGGCCUCUUGGCACUUAGUCUGGAAUCAGACACUGAUCUGCCUCAGCCGCUGGCCAGGGAAGUCUCGCAUGAAUCUGAUGUUUCUGAGGGAGCUACGAAACGCCGUGGAUCUAACCUUUCGUUGCAUUCACAUACUUCUCAUACGUCUCAUACGUCCAGGCGCACGUCUACCUCUCCCAAAUCGACAUCUCCCUUGUCGAAGUCUGUCUUUCUCGCAUCGGAGUCUGAUGCUUUCCCUGAGACAGAUCUAACUGCAUCGAAACAUUCUUCUUCUUCCAACGCGGAGUUAGACGCCAUAGAGGAGCCCGCAGAGGAACCCAAAGAGGAACCCAAAGAGGAACCCAAAGAGGAACCCAAAGAGGAACCCAAAGAUGAACAUAAAGAAGAACCCGAGAAAGUCUCCGAAAAAACUGUUGAAGAACAUUCUCUCGCCCCUGGCGCAUUCCCUUCAGACGACCAUAUAUAA